GGUCCCUCCGGCGCAGAAAAACAAAGCAUGCCUCGGUCUCCCCGAAUCCCUUUUUUUGCUCUCUCUCUUUCUCUGUCUGUCUCUCCUGUGCUUCUGCUUCCGCCAGAAGCAAAUAAACGAACAUGCCCAAUUUCAGACAGCCAGCCAAAUUCCUUCAUUCCCCAUGUCUCCCCCCCGAUCCACACCUUAAAUAGCACGGACUUGCCUAUCCACCCCCUUGGGCCCAGAACACUCAUCCAUAAAAUUCCCCAAUCGUCCCAUUCUCUACAGAAGUAGAUCUUCCAUCAUGCACGAUCCCUGCUUGAUUCCUGCUUGCUACACGUGACUGUGCAACAACCUGCUAGCUACACCGAAGAAUGAAUAGUGUCAUACGUAGGUAGUAAAGAACAGACACCUCAGGCACUGAUUAUAAACAACUCAAAUUUUCCCCCUUUAUAGUCAUGGGAGAUUUGAAAUUUGCUUUACUGUACUAGGUGGUAC